AAAUAGCAGCUGUAUAUCCUAUAAAGAAAGCAACUAGAAAUGGAAAAGAAAGGAAUUGUGUUGGUUUUUAGCACCUUGGUAGUGAUAGCAAGCUGUGAUUACAAUUACUAUCAAGUUACACUGCAAUGGCAACCAGCUACAUGUAGUGAUGCAAACCUGCAGACUCCGUGUGUUAACACUCCACAAGAUAGAUUUAGUAUCCAUGGCGUGUGGCCAACUUUAUCGUCGGGAUCUUAUCCGCAAUGUCCUGGUACGCCGGCCUAUGAUGGUAGCAAGAUCUCGACGAUAAGAAAUCGUCUAAACGCCGAUUGGCCAAGUGUAAUCUACGGAACAAACCCGACGCUAUGGAGCCACGAGUGGACAACCCAUGGAACAUGUUCUUAUCCAUCUUUGAGUCAACUGGACUAUUUUACGUUCGGACUAGACACGUAUGCUAAAUACGAUAUCUAUUCCGCUCUCGAUAAGGAAGACAUCUAUCCUAGUGAAGACGUAUACUCAAAGAGUAGUAUCAAUAACGCAAUUCGCAAGAUAACACAGAAGUUGCCAGGCCUUCGGUGCAACACAAAUGAUUACUCCCGCGAGAGACAGUUGCAUGAAAUUAUUUUGUGUUUCGCAAAGAGCAAUCGGGCCAUUAUAGACUGUCCGUCCAAUGUCGUCACGUGCGGCAAUUACGUGUAUUGGUACCCAUGGUAUCCGGAAGGAGUGAAAAAGCAGUAAUAAUCUCGACACACCAACUACUCCUUAUCACCUGGUUUAGUAAUUUGAAGCUUAUGUUUUCCUAAUAAUAUCUACCCAUCCUCUGGUUCUUAAUAAUGUUUGCCUUCUAUGUAUGUUAUGAAAUUAAUGAAUAAUAUGGAAUGACUUUCAAUAAAUUA